CUUAAUUCCUAAUAAUAUGGGAUACUUCACAAUUUACGAGUGCUUAUUAUGAAUUGUAUCACCUUAUUAUAACGAAAUUCAAGACCCCAAUAUCUCAAUCCACAUUACCAUAUGCAUUGCUGAUGGAUACCAUGUUGAAUAGCAGGAUAGCAACAAGAAAAAGCCAGUUCCCCAGAAUUCUUGUAUUCUUUCUUCUGCAGUACUAUGUUCAAAUUUCUUUGAUAUCUGUUGAUGCCUCUACUAAUGUGUACAUUGUUUAUAUGGGGGAGAAUAAGUAUGAAGAUCCAGUAACAAUUACAAAGUCUCACCAUAAAUUAUUAUCAACCUUGCUUGGAAGCAAAGAAGCAGCAAUGCGUUCGAUUCUUUAUAGCUAUAAGCAUGGCUUCUCUGGAUUUGCUGCUAGGCUAACAGAAACCGAAGCAAAAAACAUUGCAGAGUUUCCUGGUGUUCUCCAAGUAAUUCAAAAUGGCAUUUUCAAGCUCCACACAACCAGAAGCUGGGAAUUCAUUGGGCUGAAUUUUCAUUCUUCUGGAAAACUUUCAACUGAGAGCAACAUGGGAGAAGGAACUAUCAUUGGUGUAAUUGAUUCAGGAGUUUGGCCGGAGUCCGAAAGCUUCAGCGAUAAAGGUAUGGGUCCAAUUCCAUCCCAUUGGAAGGGAAAAUGUCAGAAGGGACAGAAUUUUAACUCCUCCAACUGCAACAAAAAAUUAAUCGGGGCUCGCUGGUUCAUAAAAGGAGUGAUGCAUAUGAUCAACAGAUCCAUAGACACAACCAAAGAUGAUGAGUUUUUAUCGCCGCGGGAUGCAGCAGGCCAUGGCACUCAUACAGCUUCUACAGCAGCAGGCAAUUUUGUUGACAAAGCAAGUUAUAAAGGACUAGCAGCAGGUGUAGCCAGAGGAGGAGCACCUCUGGCUCACUUAGCAAUUUACAAGGCUUGCUGGGAUGGCUUCGGAUGCGCCGAUGCUGAUAUACUAAAAGCAUUUGAUAAAGCUAUACAUGAUGGAGUUGAUAUUCUAUCGCUGUCUCUAGGCAGUAAUAUACCAUUGUUCUCCUACAUUGAUCAACGUGACUCAAUUGCUGUUGGAUCCUUCCAUGCGGCUUCUAGGGGGAUCACUGUCGUUUGUUCAGCAGGAAAUGAUGGUCCUACUUCUCAAACUAUUGCGAAUACCGCCCCCUGGAUCAUCACUGUUGGAGCCACCACGAUCGACCGGGCCUUCCCAACAGCUAUUACACUUGGAAAUCACCAAACUGUCUGGGGUCAAUCCAUGGAUACUGGAAAGGAAAAUUGGGGAUUCACUGGCCUCACAUACUCUGAACGUGUAGCUGUCGACUCUAAAGAUGAUUCCAGCAAAUAUUGCAACCCGGGAACUCUUAACGCAACAUUAGCAUCAGGGAAAAUUAUACUGUGCUUUUCAAAAUCUGAUAAGGUGGACAUGGUUAAUACAUCAUUAACAGUAGCGGAAGCAGGAGGAGUUGGGCUUAUAUUAGCACAGUUUCAUAACGACGGGCUUCCCUCCUGUGAUUUGAUUCCCUGUGUUAAAGUAGAUUACGAAGUUGGGACAGAAAUACUUUCUUACAUCAGAACGGCAAGGUCUCCGCUUGCAAAGCUGAAUUUUCCCAAGACUGUAAUUGGGAAAUGGGUAUCUCCUCAAGUUGCAUCUUUUUCUUCCAGAGGACCCAGUUCAAUAUCCCCAGCCAUAUUGAAGCCUGAUGUAGCUGCACCAGGUGUGGAUAUCUUAGCUGCAUUUACACCAUUCGGCAGAAAGCACUUGAAUUCUUAUGCACUGCUAUCAGGCACUUCAAUGGCUUGUCCCCAUGUAGCAGCGAUAGCAGCUCUCAUCAAAUCUGUACAUAAAGAUUGGUCUCCUGCAGCCAUAAGAUCAGCUCUAGUUACUACUGCUUCCCAAACUGGAACUGAUGGAAUGAACAUAUUCGAGGAGGGUUUUACUCGCAAAGCGGCAGAUCCAUUUGACAUGGGAGGAGGGCAUGUCAAUCCUAACAGGGCAAUGCAACCUGGGCUUGUUUAUGAUAUUUCUACAGAAGACUAUAUUCAGUUCCUUUGCUCCAUGGGGCACACAAAUGCAUCCAUUAGUGCUUUAACCAAGACCAAAAUCAGUUGCUCUAAAAGCAGCCAUCUUGAGCUGAACCUCAACCUCCCAUCUAUCACCAUCCCAAAUCUCAGACAGUCAGUGACAGUGACUAGAAAGGUGACAAAUGUGGGACACAUUAACUCAGUCUAUAGAGCUGUAGAGGAAGCUCCAUACGGCAUAAAAAUGAGAGUUGAGCCUCAAGUUUUAAGUUUUAACAUGACCAGGAAAGUUAUCUCCUUCAAAGCUACAUUCUCCACAACAGAGAAAUUGCUUGCAGAUUACAGAUUUGGCAGCCUCACAUGGACUGAUGGUGAGCAUUUUGUUAGAAGUCCUAUAGCUAUACGGACUGUCAAACAUGAAUGGUAUUCCUAUGAAUAAUAUUACUGAAAAUCCAUUAAUCAAAUGUUUCUUUUUUAA